CAUAUUGCAUACUGCAUCAACCUCAUUGAUCAUGGACCGCAGAGCGUCGACGGCGUCGCAAGACACGUUUAUAUCUUUGCAGCAACUAGAUCCGUCGCCCAUAGAUACGCCGCCGGAAUUAGAGAAGCAACUUGAAGACUACCCAACCUCAACUCCCGCCCCGAAGAGGUCCGCCACUCUUGGACUAAGUGGCAGUGGGCAUAGCUCGGUAUAUUAUCUAACGCGUUUGCAAAAAUACUCCUCUUACGCAUUCACGAUCUUCGCAUCAUUUCACAUCACGAACACAUCAAUCAUACCUCUCAUCACACAAUCCGUUCAAGCAUCAGACUCCUACCUCCUCCUAACACGACCAUAUUAUCAAUCGAUACCCCUCGAGCCGCUCCUCAUCACUCUUCCAAUCGCGACACAUAUACUCUCUGGGCUAUGGCUGCGCAUUCAUCGGCGCAAUGCCAACCUUGCCCGCUAUGGUGCUGCCAACCUAUCAGUAGCAGACCGUUUCCAGAAAGGACUGAGAAUAUGGCCUAAGAUGUCAUGGUCGAGUUUGUCGGGAUAUGUGUUGACGCCUUUGGUACUGGGGCAUUCGUUCGUGAACAGAUUACUUCCGUGGAUAUAUGAAGGGGGAUCCUCAAGUGUAGGGCUAGGGUUCGUGAGCCACGGCUUCGCGAAGCAUCCGUUCGUGGCGAGCACAGGGUACGCCGCUCUGGUUGCUGUUGGAGCAGGACAUUUCGUGUGGGGUAUUGCGCGGUGGACCGGCUGGAUUCCGGUUGGGAGUGAUAAGCAGGCGAAACGGCGCUGGUGGACCAUCAAUGGUAUUGCGGUUGCACUUGGAGCACUUUGGAUGGCGGGCGGCUUGGGAGUUGUUGGGAGAGGAGGUCUGGAAGGUGGCUGGAUUGGAAGGGCAUAUGAUGAUAUAUACUCGAAAGUGCCUCUUGUCAACUUGUAGUUAUGGAUGGUCAGGACAUAGCCAGGGAGUUCGGGAGGUUUUGGUUCACUUUGCAUAGCACGGGGAAUAUCCAUAUUUAGAAAUGCCAAUAUAUUACAAAGACCUACUCUCUCAUUUUUAUGGCCUGGUUUGAGGCCAUAAGAGAUGACAAGGGUACUAAAUGGAUACACUAUCUUAUCAGGAGGGUGCUGCUACUGAUAACAAGAUACUUUGACUACUUUAAUGAAAACGACAUGACUCUACUACUCUGGCCCCUGUGACAAUUCCGAAAGUGAUAUUCUCAUUCCGAAGAGUUCAAACGUGACUCUAGAACUUUGGAAAGCACAGUAGGAUUGCAAUGCAAUAGUAAAUGAAUAAUCACUA